AUGUUAAGAUACGCAUCGAAGUACAUAGGCAGAAGAAGCGUCCGCGGGCUUGCGACGGCAGCGGCCAGCACGGGCGGAGCCGGCGACAAGAGUAGCAUGAUGGUGACGAUCUUGCCGAACGGGAUCACGGUGGCGACGGAGCAGAUUCCGCACACGUUGACGGCGACGGUCGGGGUGUGGAUCGACGCCGGGUCGCGUGCAGACGUGACGGACAAGACGUCCGGAACGGCGCACUUCUUGGAGCACUUGGCGUUCAAGGGCACGAAGAACCGGUCGCAGGUGGACCUCGAGCUGGAGGUGGAGGACUGCGGGUCGCACUUGAACGCGUACACGUCGAGAGAGAACACGGUGUACUACGCAAAGACGCUGAAGGAGGACAUUCCGCGGGCGGUGAACAUUCUCUCGGACAUCUUGACCCGGUCGAAGCUGGAGAAGGUGGCCAUCGAGAAAGAGCGCCCCGUGAUCAUCCGCGAGAGCGAGGAGGUGGACAAGAUGUACGACGAGGUGGUGUUUGACCGGCUGCACGAGGUGGUGUUCCGCGGCCAGCCGCUCGGCCGCACCAUUCUCGGGCCCAUCGACUGCAUCCGCAGCAUCCAGCAGACGGACUUGCGCAACUACAUCAAGACCAACUACAAGGGCGACCGCAUGGUGCUCGUCGGCGCCGGCUGCGUCGACCACGACGACAUGAUCCGCAUCGCCCUCGAGAACUUCGGUCACGUGCCCAUCAGCGACCGGCCCCAGCCCUUGGGCACCCCGCGCACAGCCCUGCCGGUCUUCCUCCCCGGCGACGUCCAGGUCGCCGACGACUCCUUGCCCAACGCCUACAUGGCCAUCAGCGUCGAGGGCUGCUCCUGGUCCUCCCCAGACUACUUCCGGGCCCUUGUGGCGCAGGCCAUUGUGGGCAACUGGGACCGCGCCACCAACCCCGCCGCCACCACCCCGCUUUCCCACGCCGUCACCGCGCCCCUUCUCGCCAAGGGCCAGCCACUAUGCAACUCCUUCAUGUCCUUCUCCACCUCCUACUCCGACAUCGGUCUCUGGGGCAUGUACCUCGUUGUGGACAAGCACGCCGACAAGCGCCGCCUCGUCGACGCCGUCGUCCACGAGUGGAACCGUCUCCAGCGCGGCGACUUCUCCGACGCCGAGCUUGACAGCGCCAAGUCCCAGCUCCGCGGCUCCCUCCUGCUCUCUCUUGACGGCACCACUGCUGUCGCGGAAGACAUUGGCCGGCAGCUGGUCACCACGGGCAAGCGGCUCAGCGCCAGCGAGAUCGUCGCCAUUGUCGACGGCGUCACCCGCGAGAGCGUGGUGCACUGGUGCCGCAAGGCGCUGGGCGGCGGCAAGGUUGCGGUUGCAACACUCGGCGCUGUCGCAGACACGCCGUCCCACGAGUACAUUGCGUCGGGCUUGAAGGUCUAG